CUCAAGACAAUUAGAGUGUGUGGGAAUUAAUUGCUCAUACAAUCCAAUAACAUAUAUGGAGCUUCAACCACUCCUUGUCUUGGGCCUUCCAUCCAUAUUCCCAGCAUUCGAAACACUAAACUCUCACAAGUACAUCUUCCUUAAAGCAUUUUCCUCUAAGCUCCCUCUCCUUCAAUUCCUAGCCACCAAAAAUGUUGCCCCUUCUUCUAUUCGUGCCAUUCUCUGUGACCCUCGUCAAGCUCUUACUGCCGAUAUCCUCGGUCUUCUUCCGGCGGUGGGAUUUGUUCUCACAACCACUGCCGGAAUGGACCACAUUGACCUUUCUGAAUGUCGUAGACGCGGCAUUCAGGUUGUCAGUAUCGGCAGUCUAGCUGCCGAUGAUGUCGCAGACAUGGCUAUAGGAUUGCUGAUUGACGUACUAUACAAAAUUUCCGCUAAUAAUCGUCGUGUUAGGAAAUGUGUUGCUUCUAAACCUUUGAAUUUUACUAUGGCUCCUAAGCUUGGUGGCAAGAGAGUUGGGAUUGUUGGAUUGGGAAGCAUUGGAGGGGAAGUUGGGAAAAGGCUAGAGGCCUUUGAUUGCAAAGUUAUGUACCAUUCAAGGAACGAGAAGCCAUUUGUGCCCUACCAUUACUAUUCUAACGUUGUUGACCUCGCCACUAAUUGCGAUGCCCUAGUGGUGUGUUGUCCCUUAACCAAACAAACACGACACAUAAUCAAUAGGGAAGUGAUGUUGGCAUUGGGAAAAGAUGGGGUAAUCGUGAACGUGGGACGAGGACCCUUGAUCGAUGAAAAGGAAUUGGUGCAUUGUUUGAUGGAAGGGGAAAUAGGAGGUGCGGGUUUGGACGUGUUUGAGAACGAACCUAGUGUUCCAAACGAGCUUUUUGCGUUAGAUAACGUUGUUUUGUCGCCUCAUGCGGGUGCACACACCAAAGAGUCUUGCCAAGUGAAGUGUGAUCUUGUGGCUGCGAGUUUAGAGGCCUUUUUUGUAAGCAACCCAAGGAUUAGUGUUCAAAACGUGAUUGAUGAGAGGCAUUUUUAUCCAACUUUUGAGUGUCUUCCCGCUUCUUCAGGCGAACCUGCUUAUGCUUAAGGUUCUGUUUGGAUUACCGUUGGAAAUUCGUUGAGGGGUGUCAAACGUACUUUUACAACUUUUGCUCUCGACGUGCUUUUGUGAGGGUCAAAACGGUUACCCAAACGUGGUUAUUAAGAUGUUGAGAAUUCAGUGUUGAAUAAGUUGUACCUUAUUACCUGCGGAUCAUGUCUCCAAAAUUAAUUUGUCUUUUUCUUUUUAACGGCAAGCAUGCAUGUACCUAGUUAAUUUGGAUGUGUGUUUUGGCAACUGUGUUCAAUGUUCGUGAGGAACACCUUUCCUUUUUUGUAACAUGUACCAAUAUGAAGUGAUAAAUUGUUUACAUCAUGCAACUUGGUGCGA